GUCUAUAACGAUUUACCAUCACUAUUUGUUUACCUCUGAAAAUGAGCUGCAGAUCAAGCAAAACAGUCAAAAAACGCCAUAAUUCCACACGUCAGCCGCUUAAUUUAGUGGAUUUCAGUUUUUUAGAUCACAAAUCAACAUUAAGUAAUCACCUGUUCACCAAGAACACCAGACACCCGGUCAGCCUCGUGGAGAAUGAGUCAGAUUUCUGGCAGUUCGUCAACAAAUAUGAAUCCAUGCUGCGUAACAUGGGGCAGCCGGUGCUGCCUUUCCUGCUCCAUGAUUCCGAGCAUCAGCAGCCGCACCCAUAUCAUAAGAGCAAGCAUCUGUCGCUACAGCUAGAUGAUGAUCAGGUUAAAGAUCACGGCAUUGAGGAGCUGCAAACACAAUUCCAACAGCUGCUGCUCAUAUAUUUGGACUUUAAGCAAAAGGAGAAGUUUAAUCGUAUAAAGAAACUGAGAGAAGCUCAAAAGGCACUACCUAUUGCACGUUUCAAGCAGGACUUGCGUAGCUCGCUAGAGACGAGCCGUGUGCUCAUUGUGGCCGGUGACACAGGCUGUGGAAAAAGUACGCAAGUGCCCCAAUAUCUCUACGAAUUUGGCUACCGCAGCAUAGCUUGCACACAGCCACGUCGCUUGGCCUGCGUCUCGCUUUCAAAGAGAGUAGCCCACGAACUACUGGACGACUAUGGCAGCAAGGUGGGCUUUCAGAUACGCUUUGAACGGAAUCGAACACAGCAAACGCAUAUUCUGUUCAUAACCGAGGGAUUGCUCUUACGGCAGCUGGCAAUGGCAGACAAUUUGGAACAGUACGAUGUGCUCAUACUGGAUGAGAUACACGAACGGAAUCUCUUUGGUGACUUUCUGCUGGGCGUAACGAAAUGUUUGCUGCGUGCCAAGCCGCAACUAAAAGUGAUUCUAAUGUCGGCAACGAUCAAUGUUGAGCUAUUCCAUGGCUACUUCAAGGAGGAGGGCGCACGCCUGCUGCAAGUGCCUGGUCGCUUGUUUCCCAUCAAGCUAAAGUAUAUGCCGCCUCCGGCGCUGGAAUUGAAAGCAGGACAGGCCACAGCUGGGAGCAAACGUGAAAAGAGCUCUCGAAUUGAUCCGGCCCCAUUUAUCCAGGUGAUCAGCCUCAUUGAUCAACAAUAUCCAAUCAGCGAACGUGGUGAUGUUUUGAUAUUUGUCAGCGGCGUCAAUGAAAUCGAUGCCAUUUGCGAGGCUGUCAAGGAAUAUGCAAAGGAGCAGACCCAAUGGCUGCUGCUGCCAUUGCACAGCGGCUUAGCUUUAGCAGAACAAGAUAAAGUCUUCGAUUAUGCGCCCGAAGGCAUGCGUAAGUGCAUCGUCUCUACGAACAUAGCUGAGACAUCGCUGACUGUCGAUGGCGUUCGCUUUGUCAUCGACUCUGGUAAGGUGAAGGAGAUGAGCUACGAUGCCAGCUGCAAGGGGCAGCGUCUCAAAGAGUUUUGGGUAUCCAAAUCCUCAGCGGAGCAGCGCAAAGGUCGUGCUGGACGCACAGGACCAGGCGUCUGCUUUAGGCUCUACACACAACAGCAAUUCGAUGCGUUUGAGGCAUAUCCUUUGCCAGAGAUCUAUCGCGUGCCCUUAGACACAAUGCUGUUGCAAAUGGUCUCCAUGGGCUUGCCGGAUGUGCGCGCCUUUCCUUUUAUAGAAGCCCCCGAUGUGGAGCGCAUAGAGCAAACCAUUCUCUCACUCAAGCAGCAUUGCGCGUUGAGUGUAGAGGAGAAAAUCACGCCACUGGGCAGCUCGUUGGCGCAUUUGCCCGUUGAGCUGUCUAUUGGCAAAAUGUUGCUCAUGGGCUGCGUAUUUCCAGAGCUCGAACAGUUGCUUACGUUGGCUGCCAUGCUGAGCGUACAAAAUCCGUUGACAACGCGCGCGCACACCGACCAACGUUGCGAACGUGAGCGUCAGCCGUACGAAACCGAUCAAGGAGAUCUAUUCACGCUGUUGCGUGCGUUUCACCAAUGGCUGCAGCUGAAGAUGUCCAGGGAGAGCACCAGGAAAUGGUGCCAAAAGCUUGGCAUUGAGGAGCAGCGCUUCUAUGAGCUUUGCAAGCUGCGUCAGCAAUUCCAGCGUAUACUUGAAAGUUGUCGCAUGGUGACGCCCAAAAAUGAGCAACUGGAUAGCAAGGAACGUGCGCGUCGCCAUGGGGAAUUGCGUCAGCUGAAGGCGCUGAAACGUCGUCAGCGUUACGAACAGCCCAGGCAGCGUAAGCUGCUCAAGCGCCAGCAUCAUGAAGCGGAACAGGAGGACGACGAAGAGCUGGGCGGGGAUAUGCGCGAUGUAGACUUUCGACUGCGUCAUGAUCAUCGACAGCUAACUCUGCUCUCACGUUCCUCCCACUUGGAAAGCCAUCGCGAUGUUGUUCUGCUGAAGCUGCUCCUGGUGAGCGGCUUUUAUCCACAGCUGGCGAUUGCGGAUGAGUUUAACUAUUGCAAAGGCGCCAGCCAGCAGUUCUUUCACACCCAGGUCAAACCAUUUCUCUCCCUGCACCCAAAUGCAUACUUUGCCAAGAACUUUGAGCUGUUAAAGCUCGCAGAAAGCGAUCUACAGGAGAAGCCGUUCUACUAUACGCCCAAGCAGCCGCUUAGCGAACGACAUCAGUUGCUCUGCUAUCAAUCUUUAUUGGAAACAGCCAAGCCAUAUUUGAUGAACUGCAUCCGUUUGCCUGCAGCUCAAACAUUGCUGCUCUUUGGCUAUGCCAUCGAUACGAAUGUGGGCCUCUCCCGCAUCGUUUGCGAUGGCUGGCUGAGCUUGGAUUUUCCACAGCCAGGCAGCGGGCUGCAGCUGCUGAGCAAGGCCAUCGAGCUAAGAAGACGCUGGAGCAGUCGACUCUACGACAAGCUCAACGAGCUCAACAGCACUGAUUCAAGCUCCGGUGCUGCUGCUGCUGAUCUGUUCGCUGGCAGCGAUUCGCUCUGGUCCGAUCUGCUAGACUAUAUGAGUCUAGAUGUCGCCUACAGCAUUAAGCGCCUGCUACCUGCCGACCAGAAGACGCUCUACACACGCUCUCCUCCAUCUUAUCGACUCUCCUCCCUCUCAUCGAAUCCCUUUGCCGCCGACUUUCCGCUGAGCGAGAACGAGGAGAAGGGCGGCCUCAACAUCUCUGAGCAUGUGGUCUAUGGCUGCUUGGCAGAGCUGCCCUGGACGUUAGCCAUGGAGGCGGCACUUCAAGCGCAGCCUUGGCAGUGUCCCCGCUGUGAUUACGAGCUGGAGCAGUUCGAUGUGUUGGAUCAGCUGCUGCAUCGCUCACAGUGCAAGACAGAGCAACGAAAACGUGUGCCAAACGACCGGGAAGCGACUGUGGUGCCCUCCAGCAGCUCACGUGGUGGCAGCGACCAUUAUUGCGAGUGCUGUGGACGCCAUCUAAACUUAUCGAAGGUCGAUAUACUGCGUCAUCGUCGCAGCUGCAUGAAAAACAAGUGAUUCCUUAAACUAAGCAUGCCUAUUUAUACGAGCCAGCAGUGUAAACUCAGUGUCAUUUAGUGCAUGGUUGUGCAGGAGAGACGCAAACCAAUUCAAUUCACCUAACAUUGUUAAUUGUAAUUUCUGAUAUUGUUAAAAUAAA